AUGUCAAUAGGUUCAGGAAUUGUCACUCCACAUUCUAGACCGGGUACCCCAGCUGAUCUCGUUACACCACCGGAUCAACAGCUGAAACUGAAUCCAGCUGCUUUGCAUAUUCCAUCGUCGUCGGCCGUCUCAGCCAGGUCACCAAUGUCCAAUGCCGCAGGAGGAGGAGGAUCUUCUUCAAAUCAUAGUCAUCACUUGCACUUGUCAUCAAAGCAAAACAAUGUGCCCUCGUAUGAGAAACCAAUUUACGAGCAAUUGUUGGCCAUGUAUAAGAAUUUGUUAUCACUCAAGAAUAAUAGAUCAAAGUACAUUAAUCUGAAGCAAGUUUAUCAAAUAUACAAUUCAUUUUUAGACAUUAUUAAUGAUUUGAAGGUGACAAGAAAAGACGAAGAGUUGAAGGGGAUAACUUUACAGUUGCCCAAUGGUAAUGAUUCAAUUAUAGACGACAAUUUUCAGUUGUUAAGUUUAUGCUUUGUCACCUGUGGGUUGAUCAAGUUUGCUCCUGCAACUUAUUCAAGUUUGAGUACUGUUAUGAAGUUGUUGACUCAUUUGAAAGAAUGUAAGGUAUAUACAAUGGAUGACUUACAGCCCGUUGGUACGAGAUUGGAGGAAAUUGGGGACAUCUUGGUGACAAGUCAGGACAAGUACGAAGAUGAAGAUGAAAACGAUGGAGACAAAAAGGAGGGACAAAAUCAUCAGAUUGAAGAAACGUUAUUGAGAAAUAAAUUGAAUAAGUGCAACGCCUUGUACCAAGAGUUGGUUGAUAACUUCAAUAACUUUCCUCUGGACUUGGAACCAGUUUAUCGUGAAUUGGUUGAUUUGAGACAGCAAAUAAUCAACUUGUAUACAGACUAUCAAGAUGUGUCGUCUCUGGCUCAGGACCAGGAUCAAGAUCAAGAAAAACAACGAUCACUUAGUGACAAGAUUGUCGCUAUUAAACAAGAGUUGAAAAGAAUUGAAAAAUUAAGAGAUGAAGGAGAUGGCAAGUUUCAUAGUAAUGAAUCAAUCAACGAUGAGCAAUUGGAUUCUAUCCAGCCUGUUAUGAAUGGAUUGAUUGAUGAUUGUAAUAAUUUAAUUGCAGAUGCACAAAUGCAUGAAGAAGAUUUGUCACUUGAGUCACUUACAAUAGAAGAUGACAAGGAUCUAGUAGACUUGAAGCAAGAAUACGCUACAAUUUAUAAGCAACUCCAAGAUUUAAAAUUAACGUUGGAGAAUUUAUUAGUUACAAGAAGAUGGACACUAAGAGAAACCGAUCUUUAUAAUUAUCAAAAGCUACUCAAAACAGUAGAUGAAGAGAGAAUUCAAAUUGUUGCAAAAACACCAAAAGGUAAGCUCAAGAAAUACCAGUUAUUAGUUCUUUAUUCAUUACGUCGUUGCUACUCGAUUGUUUAUAAACUAUUGGAAAGCAGUGAGCCAGUAAGUGAAAGUUUGACUCCUAUACAUAAUCAGUUGUCCACUGUGAAGAGAUGUUUAUUGGAAUUGAAAAGAGUAGACGGGGUGAAUAAUUUGAGAGAAUUAUACCCUUUCCAGUUUAAAUUGGCAUCGAUAGAUAAUAUGAGAAUAGAUGGCAAGUUCAUGGUUGACACAACUGUUCCUGAAGGACAAGGUGCCCUUUGCGCAUUGCUUAGUGAAUGUUUUGAUAUUUUACAAGAAAUGAAAAUCGAAGCAGAAGAAAAGGAAAUGGAGGAAGAAGAGGACGGGGAUGGAGAAGAAAACAUUGAUAAUGAUGGUAAUAGAAACGACGAUGAAGUAGGACGUAUGGUUGCCCAUGGAGGCAGUUUUACUAAUUCAAAAGAGGAGAAUAACGGAUUUACCAAUUCUACAAGCACUGGAGAACCCGAUGAUGUUGAAGUGAAAAGAAACAGGUUUAAGGAGUUUAACGAGGCUGACUAUGACUUGGAUAGUGUUGAUGAAGACGAAGAUAUUGAUGAGGAUGAUGACUAUGAAAUCAGCGGCGAUGACGACACAUUAGACAAGCCUAGUACGUUGCCCAAUAGUGUACCGAGACUACACCAUGAGUCAUCCUCGUCAGUAGUCUCUCACCAGCAUGGUAAGAAAAGGAAAAGAUUUGAUAACGAGGAGAAUGACGAUGGUGGCAAUAACUAUAGUCAUCAUCACCAUCAGCGGUCUAUACUAGAUUCCAAGCUGAAAAAUGUGCCUAGCCUAGUAACAAAAAAGUUUAAGAAAAGCAAGACUCCUAAAAUUAUAGGUCAGCCAUUACCUACUUCGCGAUUAAUUGAGUCCCUUGAUAAAUCAAAUUUGCAAAAAUUACUAAAUUCAUUAAUUGAUAUCCACCCCGAGUUGGUCAAAACAGUUAGCAAGAUAACGCCAUAUCCUUCGAUGGAGAAUUUACUUUGCAUAUUGAAUGAAAAAUUGAGCCACAUUGUUCAUAAUUUACCAUAUAAAUGUGAUUCCUCAAGUGAUUAUUCGUAUUUGAGAAUCAAACCUUAUUUACAGGAAUUUCUCUCCUGUUUGGAAGAUUACGUGCUAUGCAUAUUACCUCACAAUCAGCAGCAGCAGCAACAGCAGCAACAGCAACAGCAACAACAGCAACAGCAACAGCAACAGCAGCAACAGCAACAACAACAACAGCAGCAGCAGCAACACCACAAUCACUACCAUCACCACCUGCUCUUUGAUUCGUUGAAUUUUCUUCACCAAGCAACAGCACUCAUCCAUAAAUUACCAAAUUUCACGAAUUCGGAAUUCCAAUAUAUUAGAAACUUGACCUAUGAGCAACUUGUCAAUUGUUGGCUAAUUAUCAUAAAUCAAGAUACAGAAGAAGAAUUUUAUAAGAUUAUCCAAGAAUUAGAUAUGAUUGAAAAAUUAAAAAUACAUAUUGAACAAGGAGAUGCUAAGUUCAACAAAGUUAUUGAAUCUAUUGAGUGCAAAAUGAGCUUUUACGAGGAGCAGAAUGAGAACAAGAGUGAUGGGAGAAGCAUGACAGGUAAAAACGCCUUGAUAACAGGUGGAAGUGCUGGUUUAGGAGCAGCGGUCGCGCACCAAUUAGCAGCAGAAGGAGUCAACAUUGCAAUCAAUUAUGCACAUUCGAAAGAACGUGCGGAUUCGUUAUCUCAGGAUCUCGAAGCUAAAUACAAUGUGAAAACAAUAACAAUACAAGGUGAUGUGUUUGAUGCGCCAAACCUUCACAGAUUGGUUGACAAAACGGUUUCUGAACUAGGCGGGAUCGACAUUCUUAUAUCUAAUGCAGGAUGGACCAAAAUUGUAGAUUACCAAGAUUUGGAAGCAAUGGAUGAAGAAUUGUGGGAUGGAACAUUCUCGGCCAACGUAAAAGCUCACUAUUUCUUAUUCAAAGCAGCGAAACCGUACUUUGACCAGAAUUUGGACGGAGGAGUGUUUAUUGCAAGUGCAUCAGUUGCAGGUCGUAUGGUUUUUGGAUCUUCAAUCCCUUAUGCUGUCAGCAAAGCAGCACUAAUUCAUUUAAUAAAGAUGUUGGCCAAAACACAGGGCCCGAAAGUUAGAUUACAUGCAGUGUGUCCCGGAUUAUUGUUAACUGAAUGGGGUCAACGAUUUAGUGAAGAGAAAAUUCAAGCUGCUCUUGGUAAAUCUCCCCUCGGAAAAAUCACUGAUAUUGAUGAAUGUGCUUCCCAGUUUGUAUUGUUGAGUAAAUUGGCUACUCUGACAGGUACUGUUGUCGCUAUGGAUGCUGGUAUUUCUUUGUGA